AUUAAAUCGUAUCUUACAUCUCCUUUCAGAAUCUGGGACGUGUGUGUUGAAAGAACUUGGGGCAGAGAUUAAAUCUCUUUUGAGCUCGUGUAUCAACCCAUCUACCUCUACCCUCUUUCUCGCUCUAUUCUACAUGAGAAAGCUAUUUUCGGAUCACCUUCAUCUUCGCGGAUAUUCCGCUCUUCACCGUGCUCAAGUUCUUUUCAGAGCAUUUUGCCUCGCACUCAUGUUGGCAUUUAAAUGGCUUGAUGACUAUACGCAUAGUGUUCGAACCAAUGUUGCCGAAACAGACGAGGAGUUCUGGAGACAAAAGCGCGCAAAUCCUAAGAAGUAUCGAACUUGCUGGGCAGACUUCAUGUCCAUGUCAGUCAGUGAAGUCAAAAGUACUGAGCUUUGCGCUCUAACGUUGCUCGACUGGAAUAUCUCGGUGUCCACAUCAGACUGGUUCUUCUGGCUUGAGGAUUUGCGCAUCCAUACUAUUGCGCCAUCGGGAAGGUCCAUAUGCACGAUCGUUGCUGCGCUUAUUUAUACCGCCCAGCUCGAGUUGCAGAGAAAAUCUCCUGAGGCCCCGUUCUUGAACCCUUCUCGUCAAAGUUCACCGACCAGGUCUCUGGAGCCCCUACGCCGUUUAGAGAGUGCACUGCUUGUUGGAAUUUCUACUGUUUCCUGGACUGUUCCUCCGGAUGUCGCUCUGGAAGAAAGUCCAGUAGGGAUCACAGAUUCUGAACUUUGUCCCACGGUGGUCGUUACUUCUGCUCCUGUCCAGCUAAAUCCCUGGCAGACAUACCAGUUGAGUGCUUUAGAAGAUUGCCUCCCCCCGUCCCCCCUAUCGCAGAAUCCCUACUAUUGCCCAGCCGAUUUCAAUUCUAUCCUUCCCUCUGCGCAGAACUCGAUGCUACCUUCACAUAAUUCUACUUCAACGCCCAUCUUUCUCGAUCCUUGGCGUGUUUAUGAUUUCAAAAGUUCAGUGUAUCUGUAAUCUAGCUACUGUACAUGUAAAAACAAUCCUUUGAUACCCUUAGCCCAUUACCAUAAACAAGCAUCCGACCAAUGUCGGAGCACCGGAAACGAGUUCGGGGGUGCUCGAAUGUAAUGCUCACGUGUGAUAGCGCAAAAGGAUGUCGCAAAGGCUUCUUUCUCUCCUUACAUCCACCGUCAAUACUUACUCACUAUACUAUCUAACGAAUUCGACAACCAUGAGCAAUCUGC